AGUUGGUAAAGUAGUGUGUGUGUGUGGUGGUCUGGUCAGCGUCCGCAACACAACGAAACUGCGGGGGUUAUACUUUUUGUCCUUUCGUGCAUUGGAAGUGGCUAUCUUCCGUUUCAUGAUACGAUAGAACUGAAUAUAUGUCGUGGCGUGAAAGCUGGACACCAGCUUGUCAUUAAUUUUACCGUUCAACCAUGCCAUCAUCUUCUUCGUCCGAGGAAGAUUUGUCGAAAUUCCAAGAAGCGGCAGACACCACACUUUACAAUGAUUCUCUUUAUAAAGGAAGACAAGUGUCGAAAGAGGACAAUUUAACUGUCGUACCACCAUCCCAACGCAUUAUUGAAGAGGAAGAUGAGAGCUUCCGCAAAGAAAUUCGUGUGACUCCAGAAUUUCAGUCACAUGUUGCUAAGCAUCUUACUAAACUUCUUGACAGUCAAUUAGAUAUAAAUGAUUUUGGUGUUAGAAAUGACCAAAAAAUUAAAGAAACAACAAAGAAAUUAGAAGGGCAAGAUCAAUCGAGGCAUAUUUUGAAGCCAAAAAGACACAACUCUGCAGGAAAGUGUAAGGAAUCGGAAGAAGAAUCCAACAGUGGAGGAGUCCGCUUGUUUGGGGCUUCAGCUGUCUUUUUAUCAAACAUGAAUAUAACUCCCCCAUUGAAUCGGAGAAGAAAAAGAGGGCGCAAGUUUGCUAGCUUUUCAAGUGGCAGUGAGUCCAGCAGUGAGGAUAGUGAUAGUGAUGAUAUGCAGAAGCUUUCUGCUGCAGCAGUGUCGUCAGAUUGGGUCCUAAGUGGAGCUGCCACCAAAGGAUGGACCAGCAAAGAAGGGAAAAUAGAAAGAUGUGUCAUGAAUAAAUCUGGUAUCUUAGUGCCCGUGAAGGAUGACAUAUCUCGAGGAUAUGAAUCACUCACUGAGAUAGGUUCCAGCAACAAUAAUUCCAAAGAGGUUGUAAACUUGAGAGCCAAAGAUGAUAUGGCAUGCUUAAAUUUAAGUAGGAGGAAACCAUCACAUCUAGAAUCUGAACUAGCAGCCUCCUUCAGCUCUGUUGUUAGUAUUGGCUCAGAUUCUCAAGCUGACACAUCUAGUAAACAUCAUAAAUGUAAAAAGAAGAAGCUGAAGAAGAAAAAACGAAGAAAAGAACAACAUUCAGAGGAUGCUACUACUGAAACUACAGAGGUUGAGGAUGUUGUGGAGGAGAGGAAGAAGGCAAAGAAAGAAAGAAGGAAAAAGCCUAAACGCCUACGAGUUGAAGAGAAAAAAGCUGAAGAAAGUGACCUGAUAAGGGACUGUGUACCUGGGCUUAUUGAAGAGGAAGAUGGAGAGAUGAUUGAAAAAUGGAAACGCAGGGAAAAGAGGAUAAAACGAAAGGCCAAGAGAGAAGCUCGUGCAAAAGAUUUCAAGCAGCCUGUAGACGGUUUUCUUAAGAAGAAAAAGAAUAAAUCAUCUAGAGUUUCCAAAAGAGACUCUAAGAAAAAAAUAACUAAGAAGGUUCUCCGCCUUUCUGAAGAUCUUGCUAAAUUAAUGAUGACUCCCACUGAAGCCUCUUAAAUGCCUUUCAUUGCAUUUAUAAGCUAUGCUGUAAUUACAAAGUGGUAAGCAAAACUGGACUUCUGUCAGUAAGUAACCAUGUGGUUAAUCAAUCAAGAAUAGUAUUUUGUUUCGCUCUUUUUGUGUCUCCACUGACAAUCUAGUCUUUCUUGAGAAUUAUAUGAGGCUGAAAAAUUUUGGAAGCUGUUGUGGCUGUGAAAUUUCUUCUCUUUUGGCCAUUGUAAUCAUUCUUAAAAUGAACUAUGUUUAAUUGGCUGUUGUGUUUCAUCAUACAUUAUUAUAUGUUAUAUUUACUGCCCGUAUGGUUCAGCCUUUUAAUGGUUUUGUUAUUUUAUGGUGGACUGUAAUGAAAUACAUAGUCAUCAUCCUUUUAAUACUUGUGCCCUAGCAAUAUGUAAGACUGGAAUUGUUAGGAAUUGGUACCUCUUCCAAAAUUAUUUGAGUGUAGCCAAUAAUAAACAUCUAAAUUCUGUACUACUGUCAUUCAUCAACUUAUAUGAUAUGAAAGAAAAUGACUGGUUCCAUGCUACACUGUCAUUGAGUAAGAGUUAGUUUAUCUUUUGUAUGAGCAAAAGUGUACAAAUACAUGUACAAAUACUUCAAGUAGAUGUAGCUGAACGAAUUAAUAAUCAAACUUUUUGUACUGUCUUCCUUCUAGAAUUAAUGUUGGUUAAGCUUGACAUUAGUUCUGCACAUUCAAUGUACCUGAUAAAUUUUAUGGACUUAUAACUUGUUUCAUGUCGUAUAUACUAUGUAUGUAGUUACAGCACUUGACUCAGGUGUUGAUGUAACUGAACAUUCUUCACAUAUGAAGAUCAGUUGGUGUAAUUCAAACUGAAAAUAUAACGUGUAAAGAGGUUGAAGAAAAGAGAGAAACUAAA